AGGCCGCCACCCUACCAGGCGAGGUGGCCAGUUAUUGCGGGGAGAGGGGGGACUCGGCGCCAGGCUCCCACAACCGGAUACCCUACCGCAGGGGGCGCCCCCCGCAUGUCCCCCGUCGACCACGAAGGAGACGAAGGGGGGGGGGAGCUCAGGUGAAAAGCCAAGCCGAGCACGACCGCUCCGUGGCGGCGAGAGGAAGGGACCUCCUUACCUUGCUGAGGACUCCGCAGAGCUCAACAGGCGGCCCGGACUCGGUCUCGGGAUCCUCUUCGGAGCCCGAGGAAUUCCAGCUUUGGUUGUCCGACAUGGAGGCGCCUCCCUCACAGCCGUUGCCAGCGGGCAGCGAAGCGACGAGGCCGCCGCGGGAGCUCGCUCUACCUGCCUGGCGCCUCUCUCCGCGAGGCUCCGCUGUUGCUCUCGCCGCUGCUCUCGCUGCUGCUGCUGUCGCCGACGCCGCCCCAGCCCUUCUGCCUGUCCCCUUCUGGCCGACGCCGGGACCGCAGCGCCCGACUUAACCCCCAACCCCGCUCAGCGCACGCUGGCAGAUAGUGCCGACCAUCUGAAGCAGCCACGCCGCGGAGCGAGCGCUCGCCUCUCUCUCUCUCUGUCUCUCUCGUCUCUUUCCUCAAAGCGACACUGCUGCUGCCGCCGCCACCGCUCCCGCCGCCAUCUUACUCGAGAAACUCGCUCUCAGCCACUAUAAUUCGCCAAGCCCUACCCGCCCUGGCAGCGAAGGCUUAUGGGUAACGGCAUGCUGGGAGGUGUAGUCCGCUGAGGGGUUGCUUUCUGGCGGCGCGCUGCCCUCUGGGAAACGGGGCGGGGUCGGUGGAACCAGCGAGUCGUCGCGUUCCUCGGGGCUUCUUGGGUGCUGUAGUUCUUGGGCGCGGGAUUCUCAAGACGCCGGCCGUCGUCUGUUCUCUUUUCUAACGCCUCGGGUGGUCGCCAUCUUGGCGCGGCUUAAUUGUUGCGGAAGCGGGGGCUGGUGAGAGACUGAGGUGUGUCUACCUGAGCUUUGCUUUCCCUUCGCCUGCUAUAUUGCUCUUCUCGCCUCCCCUGAAAGGGAACUUUUCUCUCCACACCUCGUUUAGAAACAAAUAUGGGAAGGGAAGCGAAGGAGUUCCUUCUCAGCAAUGGGGCAGCUGCCUGUGUAGCCACAUAUAGGCAGAUAAACACAUAUAGGGGUUUUUAGUGGCUCCGGGCAGCCGUGCAUAUGUAGUGUGUGCAUAACCGCUUAAACCGAAGGAAAGGGAAACUGCAGUCCUUUGCAAUAGCUACGUGGGAGAAAUAGUUAGGAAACAUGCACAGCAGGCUCGCUCCGUAAGAGACAGGCAGAGACGCCUCUGUUGCCAUGGUUCGUUCCCAAGUGGCAGAAGCCGAUUUCAGAUUUUUAUUUAUUUUACCAUGACAUUUUGUGGCGCUGCUAAUUGUGGGGGGAUGAGAAAUGUGCUUGGUUUUGGACUAGGCUAGAGCAGGGAAAAGCAAUUUCGCAUUUUGGGGGGAGUGUGCAAAAUCAUCCAGCCUUAAGGAACUAAAAUGCAUCUUGCGGUAUACGCUGCCCUCUUCACAGGUAGCCAGUGAAACGAAGUUGUUUAUUAGACUUAUUAUAGCCACCUAUCGAUAAACACGCAUGGGGUGGCUGACAGCAAACAUACUAGAAUCACAAGACCGUAUGCAGUAGUAAUUAAAGCUUAGUAAUCAACAAUAAAAGGCAGCAACCCCCUGCCCCAAAAUAACUACCUGUAUAUUUGAUUUCCUCCAGCUGUUUUCCCAUUUCCCAUUAUAUCUUAAUCUACAUUCAACAGUAUAAUGUAGAUUAAGAUAUAAAGGAAAGGAGGGCAGGGGUGUAGCAAGGGGGGUGCAGUAGGUGUGAUCUGCCCUGGGUGUCCCCACUGAGGGGGGUGACAAAAUGGCAGGCGGCACUCACUAUGGGGCCUGCAGCGCACUAGAGCCACACACCUCCGGCGCCCAUAGGCUCCACACUGUCCUCCCACUAUCCCCCCCCCCCAGCUUUAGGGCGGCUGAGGCCCUGUGGCGGGACCUGUCCCGUCCCUCCCUAAGGGCGCCGCGCCCCCCAUCCCUAUAGGCAGUUCGCCCUGCCCCUGGGCGCACUGCCCCAGGUGCCCGAGAGGCUUCCACCAUUGCUGAAGGGGGGAACUAGAUGGAGGAAAUAGACUAUGCAGUUACUUUUGGAAGUAUAGUGGUACCUCUGGUUACGAACGCUUCAGGUUACGAGUGCCACUAACCUGGAAGUAGCUGCUCCUGGUUGCGAACUUUGCCCCAGGCUGCAAACAGAAAUCAUGCGCUGGAGGUGCACGUGCAGCAGGAGGCUCCAUUAGCGAAAGCACGCCUCAGGAUAAGAACGGUUUCAGUUUAAGAAUGGACCUCCAGAACGAAUUAAGUUUGUAACCAGAGGUACCACUGUACAAGGAACCAUGGAAAGAGAAGAAGGGAAGUCAUUGGAUGUACUGUUGUGUAUUUAAUGAUGGAAAAUGUAUAUCUGAAAAUUUAAUAAAUACAUUUAAAAAACAAAACAAUAAAAUAACUUCCUAAUAAAAGCAUAAAAUAGUUUGCAGUAUGGUGUUAAAAAACUGCUUAAAAACCUCAGAAAAUCUUCCCCUGUUACCAAAAAGGCUGUAAAGGAGAGGCAUCUUUGCAGAAUUUGUUUUGAGACUCAGAUGCCACUUCCAAAAAGGCUCUGUGGUAGCUCCAAGGUUUUCAGCAACUCAACCUGGUAGCUGCUGUGUCAAAUCAAUAGCCUAUCUAGCGCAGCAUUUUGUUCUCACAGUGGCCAGCCAGAUGCCUGUAGGAAGCCCACUAUUGCAGAAAAAUGUUACAGUUCUCCCCUAUUUAUACCAACAACUAGUAUUCAGAGACAAACUACCUCUGGUAUUAAAGAUAAUGAAUAGCCUUGCCAAGAAUCCUGCUGCAGAAAUUCCAUGCAGAUGAGUAAGUGACCUGGUAGAAUCGUGAUAUAUUUAUUUGGUCUCCAUAAUAGCCAUGGAGCAGGAAAGCCCCUUUAUGCACAUCUAACACAGGAACUAAAUAGGCUGGUGCAAGACCUCUCUGAUAGAAGUUCUUUUUAUUUUAUUUUUAACUAUCCUGUGGAUAAGAGGGCUGGUAAAUUUGUUUGUAGGCUAUUAACUUUUGUGGGCUUCUUUGCAAGACUGCAUUAGAACAAGUCUUUGUAGAAGAGGAAACAGUAUUACUUAAAGAAACAGGAAGAUCUGGUGGCAGGGAUCUUGUUGCAGAAAAUAGGAAUUUUGGGAAUUAUUUAUGAAGCUUGAUCUAGGGUGGAUGAAGAUUUGAAAUUAUAUCAAGCCUAUUUUUAAAUGACAGUUUAAAAAAAAACAUAGCAAACUAAUAGCCUGAUCUAUUGUUUUAGACAAAAAAUACUGUUUUGAGUUGCAUUAAUAGAAACACAGCAUCCACCACUUAGGGAGUAACCAUCUUCUGCUUGGCUUUGAUCAUGCUUUUGCUGGAACGAUUUUGUCUUGUGUUGAUAGCCACACCUAAGGAGGAUGCAGACAAACUGGCGACAGUUCAGAGGAGAGUAGAAAUAGAUAAGAAUGUGAGAAAUUGGCUGUAAGAAAUAGGAAAGGAAGAAUUGCCUGCCUUGUGAAAAUAGUAUUAAUGACAAGGUAUUUUAGAAGAGUUGCCAUAAGGAAGUGAAGAACAAUUGUUCCCCUUUUGCUGCCCUUUGCCUUGUUAGAAAUCUUAGGAUAAUUUCCAGUGCAAAGCCAACAAACCAGGAAUAAUGUUUUGCCUAGAAAUGUUGCUAAAUUGCUACUUUGGAGAGUUUGGAAAAGCAACUUUUAGGGAAUAUGUUUCCUGUUGCAGUAUGUAACCUGACACCUGAAUUCCCAAUGUAAAUUAAUUUGCUAUUUAUUUUUAAACAAACCUUUGGCUGCUUAUGGGACGCAGGUGGCGCUUUGGCCUAAACGACAGAGCCUAGGGCUUGCUGAUCAGAAGGUCGGCGGUUUGAAUUCCCACCACGGGGUGAGCUCCCGUUGCUCAGUCCCUGCUCCUGCCCACCUAGCAGUUCGAAAGCACGUCAAAGUGCAAGUAGAUAAGGUAGGAGGUAAAGGUAGGAAGGUAAGGAACGCCGUUUCUGUGCGCUGCUCUGGUUCGCCAGAAGCAGCUUAGUCAUGCUGGCCACAUGACCCGGAAGCUGUAUGCCGGCUCCCUCGGCCAAUAAAGCGAGAUGAGUGCUGCAACCCCAGAGUCGUCUGCGACCGGACAGGGUUCCCUUUCCCUUUCCUUUGGCUGCUUACAGAUGAAGAGCUGUGGGGAUAAUUUCCCCUUUAGCACUGCAGUGGUACCUUGGUUUAAGAACAAAUUAGUUUAUGAACAACUUGGAUUAAGAACGCUACAAACCCGGAAGUAGGUGUUUUGGUUUGUGAACUUUGCCUUGGAAGCAGAACAUGUUGAGUGUGUUCCAUUUGUAAAUUGAGUCCCCUGUUGCUAUGGGAAAGCACGCCUUGGUUUAAGAAAGUUUUGGUUUAAGAACGGACUUCCGGAACGGAUUAAGUUUGUAAACCAAGGUACCACUGUAUUGUGACACACAUCCAGCUUGAUUAUUGUAAUGGGUGAUGGGCAAGAGAUUUGUAGUUGUGGGAGGAUUACUGUUCACCCUCUGCUUCUAACUGUAGAAGCUUUCCGUGUAUAGGUGGUAGCCUAGGCCUGAUACCCAACAGCUUCUGAUCUAGGCAAAUUAAUCUCUAUUAAUAAAUAAAAUAAGAUAAGAUAAAUAAAUAAAAAUAGCCUUGCACAGUUUGAUUGGGCCAGGUUUCCAGAAAUACCUACAUGACCAUUUAUAGGCAAAUGUAGAUGGAAAUAAUAGAAUUGUUGAGUUGGAAAGAGACUACAGGGGCCAUCUAGUCCAACCAUUUGGCAUCUUUGCUGCUGAAAACAAAGGUGUGUUUCCCACAGUAAUAGUAAUUUGCAACACUGUCCUGGGUAUAUAGCUAAUUACAGGUUGGAUUUACAAUUUUACCCUUGACAAUUAACUGAGCAAAUUACAUAAUUGCUUAUCUUGAAGGUGUGUACUUAGAGGGCUUUCUCUGUUCCCUCCACAUCCUAUACAUGGUACUGAGGUGUCUGAAAUUAUGAUGACCAGGAAGAGCAAGUAUAUUGGAGGGGCUACUGGGAAAGGGGUAGUGUAGCUCUUACAUUCCUCCCUCUUUCAGUUUCUUUCCUUCUCAAUGUCCCUCACAUCAGGUCUACAGUAUUUUGUUUUUACAGUAAGAAUGAAUAGUUCCCAUUAAAUUGAUGGGUGUAAAAUAAACUCUCCAUUAACUUCUGUGGCACAAAGCUACUGGCUGGGCUGCAGUAGCUCAGUGGUAAAGGGCUUUCAGUUCCAUGACUUCACAAAUUCAAACUAUGCAGAUACUUUGGAUACUUUUAUAGCUUAAGGAGAAGAGGAGGUAUACAGGCCAUUGUCUAUGGAUGUUACUACCAUUUAGAAAACAAAUGAAAAACCUAUAUUACAUUUUGGCACGUUUCAUUGUCUCAUAAAUUACAGUUGCCCUAUUUGUUGAUGCUUCAACAUAAUCUUAUUUCUAAAGCAUUUUAAGCCUUGCUUUCUCUAUAGCUUCAAGCUAAGAUUUUCUCCAUCCACAUUUGUAUAUGCCAAAUGGUACGUUAGCCUGCAUUUUGUGUGGGUGCAAGGGAAGCCUAAAGGAUUUGUAUUCAAGUUCUUGUCAGCUCUGAUGGAACCAAAAUAAUCUGAAUAACCUGUCAUAAUUGAAAAAUGCUAGCCUAGAUUAAUGCUAUCAAAAGAUCACUCUGAACUACAACCAUUUGAAGGAAAUUAUGCCUAGAACGUCAGUUUUGCUAGUCUAUGGUUAAAAAUAUUCAGUUGUACACUAUAAUAUAUUGUGCAUUACAAGAGCUGUGCUUAAGAUGCUUACGCUUGCUCUCAUUGCUAAAUGAAGGCUAUAACAAUGCUGUAGUUUUAGCCAUUCAUCUGAAAGAGCCGAAGGCAAACCAAACAUCCUAAGCUCCUGAGCACAUGCAAGCUAAUCACACUUUCUCCUUGACAUUAUUACUAUUCUUGAAACUGACAAGAAUCUUGUGUUCCACCAGGGCUCUUAAAAAUUUCAAAAGCUCUACUGAGUGGAAAGAAUGCUCCUGAUUGUUCCAAAGGAUUUUAUGAGUGGAUACAAACAGUGCCUCUCUAGGAUUCUUGUAUUUAGGAGCCCAGAUAUGGGUGGAGGUGGUUUGAUGAUCCUUAAGCUUUGGUGAAUGCCUUUUGCUGAAUUGAGUUUCACUUUAAUAGUUAGCUAAAAAUCUGCUUUAAGGAUACCUCUUUAUAAAAUAAAGAUUAGUACUCCACUUGAAGAAAAGUCAAAGAAUUAGAAUUAAGUAGAAUGAAGAAUUUGAAAGGAUAGACAUUUAGUAUAAACAUUCUUAAGUAACAUAAUUAUAACUGAACUUUACCAACUUUGGUAGUAUAGAAAAUACUCCUGUGCUCUAUGUUGUUACCAUAGAAAUUUAGCAGAUCGAAAUUCAUGUACUGAAAAUCUUCCAAUGCAAUUGACUUAUUUUUCCUAUUUUUAUUUUUAUCUUUUGGGCUAUGGUUCUAAGGGUGUGUACAAUCCAUUCAAAAAGUAAAAUAAAUCUAUAAUAAUAUGAAGUACAGUUAUUUACAUUAUAUACUGUAAAGGGAAAUCUUGGCAGCACCCUGAGAUACGAGACACACUUCUUCUGCUUCAUAAUUGGGUAGAAGGUGAAAAGGGUGCUUAGUAGCUGCAUUGAGUGACAGGAGGAUGUUGUAGGAGGUUACCACGGGGUGGUUUGUGUGCAGGGGAUUGCACAAAAGGAGUGGGGAAGCAUGAAGAUGGGGGCUGAAGGUGAAAAGGAGUGCAAAGCAGGGCUGCAGAAUAGAAGAGAAGUGGCUUCAGAUAUGGAACUGGGAAGUUGAAAAGCAAGCUUGGUGGUUGCAUGGAGUGGGAAGGGGAAACUUUAGGAGAAUAGGAGAACAGCAGGGGGCUGGCAAAUGGAAUGAGCAGGAGUCCAGCCCCUAAUGUGUGCUGUGGAACCGAACCAUUACAGCACUGAGUACACUUUUGAGCAUUCAUAGAGCAGCAGUAGUCACUACUGUAUUUCACACCCACAAUUCUUUGUAGCGAGGCUGUUGUCUCCUGAUGUUACCACCACAGCUGAAUAGUAGGGAAGAAAGGGCCAGACUUCAGAGCACUGAUAGCUCUGCUGACACUGCCACGGUAGCAGAGGAGUUGCCACAACCAACAGGGAGGGCAUCCACGGGCCACAUAAAAAGGUUCCCCUCUCUUGUACUGUAGCAUUAUGAUGUGAUAAUGUCAGUACAGUGGUACCUCGGGUUAAGUACUUAAUUUGUUCUGGAGGUCCGUUCUUAACCUGAAACUGUUCUUAAUCUGAUGCACCACUCCUGCUGUCGCUGCGCCACCGCUGCACGAUUUCUGUUCUCAUCCUGAAGCAAAGUUCUUAAACCGAGGUAGUAUUUCUGGGUUAGCGGAGUCUGUAACCUGAAGCGUAUGUAACCUGAAGCAUAUGUAACCUGAAGUGUAUGUAACCUGAGGUACCACUGUAGUACAUCUAGCAAAAUUAUGCAGUUUGUUUUUUUCAGGGCAAGAACUGAGAAUCUGUUCAGUUGGUUGUGCAAUGGAAAAUGCAGAUAAAGGCAAUGCUUCUUCCAGAGAGGGACUUCUGCUUAGACUGGGCCUCAAUGAUAACAAAGCUGGAAUGCAGGGGCUGGAUAAGGAGAAGAUCAACAAAAUCAUAAUGGAAGCUUCCAAGGUUUGUUUGUAUAAACUCUCACAAAUGCUUUAGCUAUUCACAGGUAUUGAUUACAUUCAAUAAAAACUGUAGGGUUUUUACUAGCAUGCUUUAUUGUUUAGUGAAGAAGGCAAGGUAUCCUCCACAUCCAUUUUUUGGGGGGAUGUGUAUCUGUGUUAAGAGAAUAUGUCUGCAGGCAAGUACUGACUCAUCUUUAAUCUCUGUGCAGUGCUUAUCAAAUUUUAGGCACGCUGUAAAUUAAAAUGAAGCUGAAUUAUUAUUUCUAAUCAGUGUGAGAUGCCAAAUAAUUGAUUGCUUUUUAAAAUUGCUGCCUUCUGUGCAAAUUUUGAAUAUUGUGCAUGUAACACAGAUGUAAUGUUGCAAUGCCUAUGAAAUGUUGUGUUUGGUAACAUUAUGCUAGCCUAGUGCAAUAUUUAUAACAUUUUACCAUGUUGCUCAGUGGCUUAUCAAAAAUAAUGCAUCAUCACAUAAACAAAAUGUGCGUGCAAAUUAAUAUUCAGGCAGCGUCUUUUGCUGGUGCUCUGUGUAUCUUCAUAUAAUUUUUAUGGAGUGACUCCACUUCCACCUUCAUUUGCUGCUAACUGCUGUGAUGUCUGGCAUCCUGAAAGCUGGCGUAACAAAUACUGGGGCUGACUAAAUUUUUAAAAUGUGUUUUUAAUGUUCUCUAUAACUUAAAAAUAAUUAUGUAAGAAUUAUAUCAAACUGCACUAGACUAGAUAAGGCUAAUGAUGGAUAUUAAAUAAUUUAAAUCUAUUUUGCAGGGUUCUAAAUUUUAUGAAAAUGAGCUGAAGAAGGAUCAACAAGUUAAUGAGCGAAUUGAAAAAAUCCUGAAAUUAAAAAGUAAAGUAACCGACCAACAGCUUAUGAAAGCACAGAUAAAGGUAAUAUGUAUAAACUUGAUUCAUUUAGGAGAGGAAAGUAUUUUUAGGCAACCCAUGGUAUUAGCCUCUUAUGUAAACAUGAAGUUAAGAUUACUUUUGACAAAGUAUUACCACUUAAAUAAAUAAAAGCUUGUUUGAUAAACCUGAAUGAUAUGUGAAGCAAUCUCUUGACCAAACUCAAUGUGCAUACUUCUGAAGUGCCUAAACUCGUCUUUCAAGUCUGCUAACCUUCAGCUUUAAUGCUCUCAGAAGCUAUUGUUGAAUUUCUAUUCUUGUCAUGGUGGGAGUGAGGAGUGAGGUCAGUGCAUACCUUCCCAGCAAUCUUGACCAUUAUGACUGAGGAAAAAAAUCUGUAAAUACCAGUGGUUUAGAUACAGAAAAAAUAGAUUCAAAUUUAGGUUCUUUAAUUUUAUUUAUUAUGCAAUUCUGGGAGCACUUUGGAAUUGGAUUUAAUAUAAUGAUUUGGUAGUUUAAAAGGAAAACAGAAUAGAAAAACUGUGGGAGAAAUUUAUAUUAUUGUUCCUCCUUACUUCAAAAGCUAUUCCGUACCUGUGAUUAUAUUCAAGAUCUUAUGCUCAUAUUCAUAUUGUUGGUUUUUAAAUAUAUGUUAUAAGGUAUAUUAUCAACAAGUAGAUUUAUGUAUAAAUCUUCCAAUCACCCAAAGUGAUUUGGGUUCCCGCCCCUUAGCUGAGCAAGCCCCAGGGUCCCUGCUGCUCACCCGCAGGACCUCGGAGCUUCUUUGUAAGGUUCUUUUGGGGGGCAGGAAGGCUCCCACCCCCCACCUGGGCAAGCCCCAUACCUCUCCAGCUUGCACUUGAGGCAUUGGGGCUCGCUCAGCUGGGUGUUUGGGAGCUGUUUAAAGAUCGCGGGUAAAACCACCACUGCUCCUGAGUCCCUCUGCUACCAGCGGCCCAAUGUUGAAAGCGGCACUGGUAGCAGAGGGACUCAGAAGCGGCGUCGGUUUCACCCCCAAUAUACCGUAAGGUGAAGCCACCAUCAUGGUCUGCCCCUCAUACUGGUCCUGGAUGUUGUAUCAAUACACCGCCAAGGCCUAAUUCAGAUGCAUGGCUUAUAUUCACAGGGAGCCAUGCAUGUAGUAUUGUGGGCCCAAUGUUGUAGAACUCCCUUCCCAUUCAGGUCAGACAGGUCCUCUUCCUGUUGAAAUUCUGCCACCUACUGCAGCCUUCUUUGUUUCUGCAGGCAUUUUAGAUGAAGUUUUAACCACCACCACCACCCCGUUCUGUACUGUAUUUCUUGUACACUGCUUAGAGACUAUUGUAGUUAAGCAUUACAUAAAUUGCUUAAAUAAAUAAAAUAGCCAUACUAAGUUUAUAUUAGAGCUUCAUAUGAGUUACUCUGAGCCCUUCUUUUCCCCAUACACAGAGUGCAAGAUUGGUACCACAAUUACCAUAUGUAUGUGCACCAUUUUCCCAUGCCACGAUAAACGAACAAAAAGUAGCAUAGAAGCCACGUGGUGGUUGCUUCGUAAGACAAACCUCAGUGACUUGGGACAUUGAUUAGAAGCUGUAAUGUCAUUUAUUCCACAUCAUUGCAAACUGAAUGAUUUGUAGUGGCAUGGGGAGGUCAUGAAGCAAGGCCCAUUAUGUCUUUACAUUGUUUAUCUUUGUGUGUAAAGCUGUAAAGCACUCCUAAAAUAGUUAACGUCUAAAGUGCCAAAGCUAUUCUUAUAGUCUUGGCCAAAUCAGAUACUGUUUUCCCGCACAGCUAGAUUACCGAAAUAUCUUUUCCAUUUGUCUCUGUAUAUUAUAUUACUUUCCUUUAGAGUGUUAUAUUGAUAAGAAUCAUUGUAUGCCACAAGAAAAUUUAUCUAAUUCUAUCUAAUGGUAUAUAUUUACUUAUGUGCAGAUGGAUAAGCUUGCAAUGAAGUUAGAUCAGAGCCGUGAUCUUAGCUGUACCAUUGUACACAUUGACAUGGAUGCCUUUUAUGCAGCUGUUGAACUGAGAGACAAUCCUGAAUUGAGGGACAAGCCCAUAGCAGUGGGGUCAAUGAGUAUGCUGGUAAGGUGGAAUAUAACGUUUGCUACAAUUCUCUCCCCACACCGCCCGAUAUUUCCAAGUAGCUUGUUUCUAAACUUGUGGUAAAGAGAUAUUCAAGCUAAAAAGUUAGUUCAGAAAACUAUGUUUGUUUGUUUAUUACAUUUUAAUCUCACAUUUUCCCUCAGUAAGUUUAAGGCAUCAUGCAUGGUUCUCUCACCACCAUUUAUUUUCAUGAAAACCCAGUAGAGUAAGUUAGGCAAGAGAUAGUGACUGGCCUAAGGACACCCAGUGAGAUUCAUGGCGGGUGGGGAUUUGAACCUGGCAGUGUACAUAAUACUGGCUUAAAACAUAGCUAGGUAAGUCACUCUUUUUCUCAAUUUGGACUGCUGCUGGUUUGGGGGGAAAACACAUCAAAGCACAGUGUUUCCUAAGGAACGAAAAGACAGAUACAGGAUAGGUGUGGAUUUUGGCAGAUUUUGGCAAACCGGUGGUGGGAGUACGCUGAAUGCAUAAUAAACAAGAGUGUGUAUAUAGCCAUAGUCAAACAGUCUAACUGCAUCAGGGGAACCCUUUUUCAGCCUGAGUACUACAAAUCUUUCUGGGUAACCUUCCAAAAGCCACAAGACAUUUGUGGGUGGGGCCAGCAGCAAAAGUGGGCAGAGCAACAAAUGUCACUUUUACCUUUAUAUGGUGGGCUAGUUUCUAUACAAAGCCACAUGCUCCUGUUAGUCCUCCAGCUGAACAAGCAAGAGGCAUGUUCAAGGGCACAUUUUAUCCAGGCCAAAAUACUAAAGGUGCAAAAUAGAUUCUGUGAGGAGUGUGGCCUGGGGAGUAGUCUGAGAGCCAAACAGAGCGGCAUGGAGGACCACAUUUGGCACUCAGGAAUGAGGUUUCCCAUACUGGCUCAAUAUAUUGGUAUCUGUAGGUAAACUCGCCUCCUUUGAGCUUAUAUUGAACUACUGGUUGAAACUGUUGCAUUUAUGGAGUUGAACUUACCUAGGCCAGAUCCUAAGAUACUAACAGAAUAUUUCUAAAAAUGCUUAGUUAGAUCUCCAGGUCAGCUGCAAGUGGCCAUCUUUUUUCUUUUGCACUGAUUUUGGUGAUUCUACAUUUGCCCAGGGACUCAGCUAUACAGCUGCAAAUAAGACGUUUUAAAUGUGUGGUAAAGUGCAGUAUAUUAAUGUGACACUAGAUGGUGAAAGUGAGCUAUGCAAAAAUCAAUGAAUUUUUCAAAACAUUUUUUAAAAAUAUAUUUUCACAGCUUUUUUUAAAUAUAUGUGUAGAUUCCACCCAGCAUACCUAAUUAGUUACUGUAUUCUGACCGCAAUGGCUUCAGUGCAUGAUUUUAAAGUAUGUCUUGUCUUUUUAAGUCCACUUCAAAUUAUCAUGCCAGAAGAUUUGGGGUACGUGCAGCCAUGCCUGGGUUUAUUGCCAAGAAACUCUGCCCACAUCUUACUAUAGUGCCAUUAAACUUUAAGAAAUAUGAAGAAGUAAGUAAAGAGGUACGUAAUUUCUUCCCACAGCAGAAUGCACAUAGAUUUAGAGUGCAAUCCUAACCCCACUUACCCAGGAAUAAGCCCCAUUCAAUUCAGUGAGACUUGCUUCUGAGUACACAUGGCUAGGAUAUCAGCCUUGCUGAUUUUAUUUUGUUACACGUGUUCCUUGAACUGCAAAUGGUGAUUGUUAAGCUUCAUGUUUUAAUUUAUUAAGUUUGUUCUGAAAAAGUAAAGUGUUAAAAAUGCCUUUAUAGUUUGAUAAACAUAAUGGUUUGGUGGGGCACAUGCGGAUGUCGCUGUGAUCUAAACUACUGAGCCUCUUGGGCUUGCCAAUCGGAAGGCCAGAGGUUCAAAUCCACAUGAUGGUGGUGAGCUCCCGUUGCUCCGUCCCAGCUUCUAUCAUUGAAGGUCGAAAGCAUACCAGUGCAAGUAGAUAAAUAGGUACUGCUGUGGCGGGAAGAUAAAUGGCGUUUCUGUGCUCUCUGUCACUCAUCAUCGUGUCCCAUUGCACCAGAAGCAGUUUUGUCAUGCUGGCCACAUGACCUGGAAAGCUGUCUGUGGACAAACACCAGCUCCCUUGACCUGAAGUGAGAUGAGCGCCACACCUCAUAGUCUCCGUUGACUGGACUUAACCAUCCAGGGGUCCUUUACCUACCCUUUACCUUAUAGUUUGGUGGGAAGGAGGAGGAAAGGUACUUAUUCCCUCUUCAUGAUUGGAUGAAUUCCUUCUAACAGACCUAGCCUUAAGAUAAGGAAAUUUAUUUCCUCAAUUAGCACCUCCUAAUAAUGUUGUAUUGAAUAGCAUUCUCAUUUGAGAUUAGCAUUCUUUUCUGUCAACCUAUAUAAACUCUGAGAAGAAAUGGAUGCUUACUUAACAUACCCCUAUUCUCCCUUUAAAUGUGAGGAAACCAUUUUCUUCCUUUAAAUUUGAAGAAAAAAUGUUUUGAUUUUGCAAGUAGCAAAGAUCAACCAGUAUCUGUCACUUUAUCUUUGGUAUAUAAAUCUCAUCUUAAAAAGAGGUUCACACACAGUAAAAUAAUUACAUUCACACAUCUGAGUAAAUAACUUUACAUUUAUUUCUAGCGAGGUUGCUCUAACUGUGAACCAUAUGCAGUACAAAUUUGGAAAGUCAAUAAAUUAUUUAUGAUUUAAAAUUCUUCUAGUAUUGAUCAAUCAUAAUGGAAUUUUAAAAGAAUGAAUGAUACAGUGUUGGUAUUGACUGAAUGCAUGGUACUUCAAAUGAUUUUUUAAAAAUUUGUUUUUUGCUAUAGCAGCACAACUUUACAUUUUUUAAAAUUAUAUUUACCAAGGUUAGGGAAAUACUUGCUGAAUAUGAUUCCCACUUUAUGCCCAUGGGGCUUGAUGAAGCCUACUUGAACAUAACAGAGUACUUAGAAGAAAGAAAGAACUGGCCUGAAGACAAAAGGCAGCAUUUCAUCAAAACAUACAACUCUGCGCUAAAUGGUAAGCAAUUAUCUGGAACUGCCAGACCAAAAGAACAUUUUACCUUGCUUUUAUAUAUUAUGACUUGCUAAGUCAGGAAAUCAUGUGGCUAAAUAUUAGUUGUAAUUAUUAGCUGCUUGCAUGUAAUGCUAAUCUCGAAGCAAUUUAGUUGAAACACUUUAGGAAAUCACUAGUGAAGUUUCCUUUUUAAUAUUUCAAUUGUAAUUAAACUUAGUGGAAUUAAUGUUUUCAGAAGUGGGGAGUUGCAGCCAUCGUUAAAAGAGCAAUAGUUUGCCGACAAGUCUCAUGGUGCUAAUUUUCAGGGUAUCACUUUUUCAAAACAGUGUUGGCACCCAAGUGAACACUGCAUAGAAGCAAAUGUCACAACCCCCAUCCAGAGCAGCUGUCUGGGCUCUGAAUUCUGUUCAGAUGUGGAAGGCCUGGCCAGAUUAAUAAGACCAGCAGCAGCAGGAGGAGGAGAUGCUGGAAACUGAUACAGGCCCCAGCACCAUGACCAGACCUGGGAGUAUUGGACUGUGAUACUUUGAGUCACAGCCCUUUGAACUGGAAUUUCCAGAGUCUGUACCCUUGAAGCUUUUGUUCCUUAGGAAACAUCCAUCUCCACACUAGGGACUUUGCACAUCCCCAUUUUGACCUGUCAACACAGUCAUUGAACCUGUAGGGAAUUGGCUGAGAGAAUGGGAAAUAUUAGGCUACAGGCCAAAGGUCUUCUCCUUCAAGAUAUUACAUUCCUCAGCGAAGGAGCAGAGUCUGGGAGAGGUAAACCUGGCACUGGAGGAAUACAAAGCUUCAGUCCAGUCCUAGAUUUCAUUGGAGCAAGUUGCUCACAUGCUUCUCUUCACAGUGCUGCAGCUGUCAGGCCCCACAUUGCCCUAUGAACUUCUUAUCAAAGUUGAGACAAGUAGUAAGCUAUGGAUCAUGAUGUCACAGUCUGGAAUUCCAAGUGAAUUCUUUAUGCUGUUCUGCGCGAGAUUCCCCAUUUCAUUUCAGUUGGUGGCAUAAUUCAUUCAGAAUAGGUUAUUUCCUCACUGCAUUCUUGCUUAUGCUAAGCAGCUGAUGAGCAUCAACCAAGUGUUUAAUAAUUACCAGGGUGACACUCCAACUGUAUACAAUGUAUCAUGUUGCCCAACAGCUUCAGUUAUAACUGAUGAGCAGGCACUCAAUCAAUUCUUUACAAAGUUUUCUUACAACAGGUAAACUGGUCAAAACAGUUGAGAAACAUGUUAUUAUGUAAACCAUUCCAGUGUUUUUGUGAACCACUUUGAGCAUGGUUUUCCUAGAGAAAGCACCAUACAGAUGCAUGAUGAUGCUUUUUGAUAUGUGGGCUUAGAGUGAAUCCCAUUGUGAACCUGAACUGAAAGUGACUAAUACCAUAUAAGAAGUAAAUGCUGAAAGGGUUUUUUUUUUAAAUCUAAAGAAGUAUUAUCUAUGUAAAUGUACACAGUUUUAAUCCAUGCAAUUUUUUAUGUUGCUCAUUUAAAUGCAGUAAACAUACAGUACUCCUUUGUUUGGGCAGUAGCAGGACUUGGUUUUUCCAGCCUUGGGGUAAUUAGCAGUACAGUAAUAACAAUGAGAAUUUUUUGUCCUGUUUGUAAAAAAUAUUUACAAGAGCUUGGAAAAUGGAGGGAAAAGGAAGGUGGCAUUUACUUUUUGUGUAAGGGAACUAGCAAAUGAGAUUAGUUUUGCUUAUAGAAUUCUGAUAGCUUCUGACCCUUUUUAUUCUGAGGCAAGCAGAAUAUAGCAACACGUGAUUAAUCAAAUUUGAGUGAAGAUACAUAUGACUGUUCACCAGUCUUGUUUGAUGUUGAUACUCUGAUGUAUAAGCAGAUUGUUCACCCUUCUCUGCUGCACCUAGAACAACAACACCAACAGUCAACAACUCAGAUAAAGCCAGUUGUCUUUGGAGCAUCAGCUGAGGAAGUGGUGGAGGAAAUUCGCUUUAGGAUUGAACAAAAAACAAGACUUACUGCCAGUGCUGGUAAACAAAUUUAUAUUUAUAUUAUUACAAAUAUUUUAAAGUUCUGUAAUACUUCUCCAGUACAUCUCAAGAGUUUAAAAGUAGAUUCACAAGAUCCUUGUUAUGUGAAGAAAUGCACAGGUUCUUUUUACAGAAAAAAUUAACUGACCUAAACAUAACAACUUGCUAAAACUGCUGUAUCAGAGUCAUGUGCUCAACCUCAAUAAAUGAAAGUUCUGAACUCUUCAAGCUUUAACCAACAACAUAAAAGCCUUGCUAUUAAACUUGGUCUACUCUGUAAUGGAGGGACGCGGGUGGCGCUGUGGGUUAAACCACAGAGGCUAGGACUUGCCGAUCGGAAGGUCAGUGGUUUGAAUCCCCAUGACGGGGUGAGCUCCUGUUGCUCGGUCCCAGCUCCUGCCAACCUAGCAAUUCGAAAGGACGUCAAAGUGCAAGUAGAUAAAUAGGUACCGCUCCGGCAGGAAGGUAAACGGCGUUUCCGUGCGCUGCUCUGGUUCGCCAGAAGCGGCUUAGUCAUGCUGGCCACAUGACCUUGAAGCUGUACGCCGGCUCCCUCGGCCAAUAAAGCGAGAUGAGCGCCGCAACCCCAGAGUCGGCCACGACUGGACCUAAUGGUCAGGGGUCCCUUUACCUUUACCUUUACUUUGUAAUGGCAUACAAAGUGGUAUAGUGGAGUGGUUGGGGAGGCCACGGCCCGGGGCACAUUUUUUUGAGGGGUCAUGACCAGGCACAACCAUGACAGGUUUGUGCAUCAUAGCCUGACUCCGGCACGCGAGGGAGUUGUAGAGAAGGCUUCCUCGCAUAAUGACCCAACGCUGUCAGCCAGCCGCAGCUCCAUUCCCAGGUCAGGCUGGACCCAGGAGCGAAGAAGAUGAGAAUUGGUGGCAGCUUUGCUCCCCGUCCUCGCCUGGCUGGGCUACAGCAUGCAAGUGCACCCUCUGCGCUACUUUGCAAGGCGAGCCACAGCAGGCUCCCUCUCCACCCUGGUGCUCUCAGGGGCAUGCACUGUGCGCCUGCCCCAAGUGGUGGUAGCAUAUGCUGCACCUCUGACACACACUUCAACAACCUAUUAACACUGUUCAAGGCCAGAUUAAGGUGGUUGGGAGGUUCUUCUUUCUGUUCCUUUCACAUUCUUGUGUGUUGCUGGGUGUGGGUAGGAAAGUUUUAGUCCAGAGACUUUACAAUGACAGCAGAAAAAAUUGCAGUUAUGUUUUCUUACGUUGUGAACUGCUCAAUAGUCUUUGGAUGAACAGCAGCAUACAUAUUUAAUUCCAUAGGACCUGUUACAGUCAAACUUCUUAGGAUCUGCAUAUAUAUUUAAAAACAAAUUCAACCGAAAACAAAAUGAAUAUUGUUUACUACACAAACCUCAUCAUAACUAUUUCUAAAAUCAUUAGGAGCAGAAAUAGCAGGUUGGCGUUUCAUAUUUGUUUGACGUUUGUUGUUUGUUUGCUUGCUUAGGCAUUGCUCCAAAUACUAUGUUAGCAAAAAUGUGCAGUGAUAAAAAUAAACCGAAUGGUCAAUAUAGAAUCCCCCCAGAAAGAGAAGCUGUGAUGAACUUUAUCAAAGAUUUAGCCAUUAGAAAGGUGAGCUGAUUUAUUUAUUAUUCAGUGUUCCUUAUUACUGCUGGUAGACUUGUUUACUGUCUUAAACCCUCUUUGCAUCUAAAUUUAACCAUUUACUAUUUUAUACUUUAAUGAAGUAUGAACUCCCAUAUAAAACUGUGUGCAUUUUGUUGUAAAAUUGAAUGCUUUCUGGGAGUAGGGAAUGGAUGCUCCCAAAAUACACUGAUAACAUUUAAUUUUUGUAUCCCUUUCCAUUUGUUGUAUUGGACUUGAGCAAGUGAAGGUUUAGGCCAAAGUUUGAGUGAACAUACAAAACUUCUCAGUUUCUAUGGGGCAUGUGUGCCAUCCAUGGCUUCUUGUUAGAUCUUUUUUGGCUGAGGACUUCCCACAUCAGGAAUAUACUGAAGAUGCCUGUGUGCAUCCUGCUGGGAAAAUGUGACGAACACCCGUAGUGUUUUCUGUUACUAUUUGGUGAACAAUAUAGUAAAUGCCUUGGGAAACUCUUGGUCCUCAUAACAUCACUGGAGAUGAAGAACACAGUAUACUGGGUCUGAAAUUUAAGUAAUAAUUUACACUUGGACACUGAAAUGCUGUAACAUCACAGUGUGACUAAUACUCUUAUAUCUUCCAAAGAGUAAGAUUCCUCUUACUUGCUGUGAUGUUGACCUGUGAUUUUGAGGACCCUUUUUUAAUUUAAUAAUUUGAUCUGUAUGUUAUAUUCUUUUCUCUAUCCAGAGCAUGAACCAAGAAAAUCAGAGCUGUUAAUAUUUUCAUUUUGUUGUUUCAUGAUGGUUCUGUUGUUUAUGAACUUAGACUUUUCAAAAACUGCAUUGAGUAAAAGGCGAAAGAUUUAUACGAUCUGAGGAGAAGCCAGAGUAUUUUUGUUAUUUUUUACUGUGAUUCUUUGUUUUUUCUUUUUUCUUUUUUAUUGUCUGUUUUUUGUAACAUGUGUAUGGUCUGUUUUUUCUUUAUUUUUUGUAACUUUAAAAUUGGAAUAAAUAUUCUUUAAAAAUCAAAAAUCAAAAACUGCAUUGAGUAUUUUGCUAGGAAGUGCUAUAAAAAUCUGAGAAAUAUGAAAUAAGACAAACAUUUGGGGUAGCUCAAAACAACAAGAAUCAGGUAUGGCUAGCUAUAAUACCUUUUAUGUGAUCAGCCAAAAAGUUACAAAGUGAUCAAGCUGUGAAAUAACUUUGCAUAUAGGUGAAAUUUAUUAAAUAUGCUUUCUGCCAGCAUGUAAUACUAUCUAGUUUGGCUUCUGGUUAUUCUAUCCCAAUGUGCUAUAUUAAACUUUGAUUUUGCUAAUAUAAAGAUUACCACUUUUUCUUUGCCUUUGCUCUCUACCUUACAAAGGACUUUUGUGUUCCCAAUUAGUUUUAGAGUAACUGCUGCCAAAGAGAGAGCUGCAUUAUUGUUGUUUUUUGCCCCAGUAGUUUUGAUGUAACCUCAGAUCCUUUUCUGCAUUUGGCACAUAUGCAAAAAUGUUAAAAUGUGAGUGGGAGGUACUCGUGUUGUCAUUCUUCAUGAUUUAGCUCCCUCCCCAAGUCUCUAGAAGUUAAAUCCCCAAAAUUGGAAAUAGAUAUUUUUAAGGGCACAGAAAGCAUACACAUGGAAUACUAAAACAUUAUGCAGUGCAGUGCUUUUGCUAAUGUAUUAGGUUGGCUCCAGAGAAAUAAAUGCCCAUGUCUUUUUCUGCACCUCUUUCUGUUCCAGCCACCACCACCCUGUCCCAACACCCCUGAAAAGCUGUUUUCAGGGGCUGUAACACAAGUGGCCUGGGGGAAUCACUGAAAAAUGAGGUGAACAAAUAUUUAGUGAAUGUGCUGCAAGGCUUUGGAGGACUGCUUAAGAGGAAGGACAGGAAAAUCACCUGCUCUCCUCCUUCCAAAUGUGUUUCUCUGUUUCCAACCCAUUAUGUUUUCCUAGUACAACUGUAACCAAAGUAACAAUCAUCCUCUUGUCUUCAGUGGAGGAUAAAAAUGUGCAGAGCAAAUGAACACUGCAAGCAUUUAAGAGCCUUCUGCAAUGUGCUCAUAGCAGAGGGAUGCAGCUUGCAAAAUAAACCUUGCAUGUGGAAUGUGUCUGUUUUCAUCUGAAAUGUUGGAGGGUAUGCUAACAGGUUUGAGAGGGCUCUAGGCAGACUGAGUUGUGGACUCCCUUGUGCCUACCCCCUCCCCAACAGCAGUGGGCAAGUUCCUUUUCCUUAUUCUUUAUAUGGAAGUGUGCUGCAAAGCACAGGCUGAGCCUGCAGCCACCCACAUAAUCUUCCCUAUAACAUCCCUGAAAAAAAGAAAAAGUGAUGUCAGUGGGCUUUGGUGGGCUCUACAAUUUGCAUGACCAUGCUGGGUGCCGUCAUCCAGAUAUAUGUACAGUAGUACCUUGGUUCUCAAACUUAAUCUGUUCCGGAAGUCCAUUCCAAAACCAAAGCGCUCUGAAACCAAGGCACACUUUCCCAAAGAAAGUAAUGCAAAACGGAUUAAUACAUUCCAGACGUUUAAAAACAACCUCUAAAACAGCAAUUUAACAUUAAUUUUACUAUCAACGUGACCACUGAUCCAUAAAAUGAAAGCAAUAAUCAAUGUACUGUACUAUAAAUUAAAUAAGACAGUAUUGUAGAUGAUAAAAAUUAAAAUUAUUAUUAUUAUUAUUAUUUACCUGCACUGAUGAUAGUCAUUGUUUCGAUGGGGAGCUUUUAUCCAUUUCCACAGUCACAUAAUCAACCAAUCAGUCAGUAAACUGGGUUCCACACAGUCACAAAAACAAAUUAACCAACAAAAACACAAAAUAGCAAAAACAAAAGCGCCAAACUUAAUCCAUUCCGGAAGUCUGUUUGACUUCCGAAAUGUUCGAAAACCAAGGCACAGCUUCUGAUUGGUGCAAGUGCCCUGGAAACAACAGCUGACAGCUUCAUCAGACGUUUGGCUUCUGAAAAACGUUUGAAAACCGGAACACUUACUUCCGGGUUUUCGACAUUUGAGAACCAUGGUGUUUGAGUACCAAGGUGUUUGAGAACCAAGGUACCACUGUACUAGCGUAGUCUACUAAAAUCUGAAGUUUGGGCUAUUAUCAUUAAGCUCAACAGCAUUGUGUGUGUGUCUCCCCCAAGCUGUCUGUUCAUUUGUUUUUGCUUAAUGUUCAGUCUGAAGAAGCUGGCCCCAAUAAAGGUACAGAGAUCAAGGGCUUCUAUAAAAUAUUCAACUUCCAGAAAGCUGUAGCCCUGAAACCUCUUUUUUUCCCUUUCAAUUUAAGCACUGAUAUUAAUAUUGCUCUUGGAAUUAUGCUGGAGUUGGAACACAGUAGAAUGUAUGCAUUUUAUAAAGCAUAAAAUUUCUUAACUAUCUGAAUGCACGUUUUACAGUUCAGCUGAAUCUUCUAUCUUCUAGCUCGGGGGUCACCACUGCAGGAUCUUUGAAGGCCUUUUGGGGGUCUCUGAAGCAACCUGGGGUGUCUGUAAAUUAAAUUGCUUCUCUUUGUUUCAGUCUGUGGAGUGGCUUUAUUGAUUGUGGGAGGGAGGGAGGGAGGGAGUGGUGGCAGAAGAAACAAUGGCCAUUUGUGGAGCAGGCAGAGAGCAGUUAGCCCUACAGAGAGCUUUUUUUCCCCUCAGAGUUUGGGAGCAGUAACAGGGAUUGCUCUCUUUGCUCAGUGGUUUUUUGCCUGCUAGCCACAUCAAGGUUGCAGUGUGCAGUUGCUUUAGCCCCACAGAGAUUCCUUCAGCAAAGUCUUGGGGUGAGGAGAGAAGGAGCAAUGAGCAUCAUCCUGUUUGCUCAAGGAAUAUUAUCUCACCAGCCAAGUGGAGCAGGCAGUUGCUUAGCCCCCAGAGGGUUUUUUCAACAAGGGGAGAGGGGAGAAAAGGAAUGGCGGGGAUUCCUCAUCAGCAAUAUCUUGCCCACCAGCCACAUGGAGCUGGUAACAGGCAAUUGCUUAUCCCUGCAGAGUGGCUUAAAAUUUUUAAUUUAAGUGGCGGGUAGGAGUGAUAGAAAUUGUCCUGUCCACUCAAUAGAUGGGAGUUCCUGAAUAUGUGUGUGUGUGUGUGUGUGUGUGUGUGUGUGUGAGUGAGAGAGAGAAGGCAAGUACAGUGGUACCUCGGGUUAAGUACUUAAUUUGUUCUGGAGGUCCAUUCUUAACCUGAAACUGUUCUUAACCUGAAGCACCACUUUAGCUAAUAGGGCCUCCUGCUGCCGCCGCGCCACCAGAGCACGAUUUCUGUUCUCAUCCUGGUUAGCGGAGUCUGUAACCUGAAGCGUCUGUAACCUGAAGCAUAUGUAACCCAAGGUACCACUGUAUGUAAAUACAUGUGUGUGUGUGUAUCUGUAGUCUGUACAUGUGUGAGACUAAGGAGGAAGUUUGUGAUGUGUGCUCUGUGUGUGAGAGAGAAAGAAAGAAAUGGGAUGAGGUCUGCAUGUACAUGGGCGUAGCCAGGAUUUAUGGGGGGGGCAGGACACCCACCUGUCAUCAUCCUGUCUGGCUCAGUCUAGCAGAUUCAGAAUGAGAUGUCUCAAAUACAGGUUUUUUUAAUUACUUUCUUUUAAUCACAAGUGCUCAGAAAGAUCUGUCAAAAUCUUUCUACAAUUUUAUACUUUUAAUUAAGUAUUUUUAUUUGUUUACUUGAUUUUUUGGGGGAGAGCUGCCCCCCUGCACCCCCAUGUUCAUAUAUGUUCAGUCUGUAUGUGUGUGUGGUCUCUGUGUCUCUGUGAGUGUAAGAGGGAGGGAGGGAGGAAGAGUGAUGUCUGCAUCUAUGUGUUGGAGACAGACGGAUGUAUGUAUUUGUGGUCUGUGUGUCAGUGCGAGAGGGAGUUAGUUUGGUGUGGCCACCUUGUAUAUCUUUUCUGGUACUUGGGAAUGUUGUUAGCAGCAAAAACGUGUGUGUGUGAAAUCCAUAUUGUGUAAUCAGAACAAAAGUUACUGGGUGCAGGCGGUUGUUCAAGAGGAGGGAGGGCAUGAAGCAGCAAUGAAUGUGCUCACUAGUUUUGUGUUAUGCCACACCCCAUGGCAACCAUGUUGUGACUGGUGCCUACACUACCUUCUUAAAAUGCAAAAUGUGCCCACGGAUCCAAAAAGGUUGGUGGCCUCUCUUCUAAUUCAUUGAACAUUGGAGAUUGUCCAAAUGUCAAUGCAGAAGAAUGUAAUAGGUUCACCAGCCAUGGACAGAACUCAACAGGGCCAUAUAAUUAUUCAUUUUUAUUUUUUAAAAAGUUACGUUUUAAGUUAAUGAAUUAAGCACAUGUUGCCCUUUUCUAAUUUAUGUUAAGUGCUCCAAAUCUCAGAACCUUGUCCACCUUUAAUCACUGGAAGUAACUAUGACUGAUGAAUAUUCUCACUUCCAAAGGAAAUGUUUGUAAACUAUGGUUUAAUUGUUUUCCUGGAAGGUCAUUGUUUUAUUAGUGUGCAUUAACUCUCUUCCAGGUGCCUGGCAUAGGAAAAGUAACAGAAAAAAUGCUUAAAGCUCUGAACAUUGUGACUUGUUCAGAACUUUACCAGCAGAGGGCACUAAUUUCUCUUCUCUUCUCUGAAACAUCUUGGCGUAAUUUCUUGGAAAUCUCCCUUGGUUUGGGUUCCACCCAUUUAGAAAGGUAUUUUGUGUGAAUGGGUUGUGUUCAUUUUAGAUGCUUUCAAAUUUUUUGUUAGCUUGUAACAUUGUUACAUAAAAGGAACAAAGGCAAGUCAAUAAUAUGUUUCCUCUAACCGUUCCCACAGAAUUCUUGAGCUUGAAGUCUUUCACAGCCCUGCUUAAGAUCCUUAACUGUAAAAUAGCAACAUACACUUAUAUCUUUUUUAAAUAGUGGGUUGUGUCCAAUGCUGUCCAUGCACAAGCAGAACAGAUUUCCACUUGUUUAGUGGGACUUUCCCUCUCCUCCUCCCUGCUCCCCUGCAGCCACAAAAUCUGCUCCAGAGGGUUGGGAGACCCUCUGGAGUAGGGGUCAACAAACUUUUUCAGCAGGGGGGCGGUCCACUGUCCCUCAGAGCUUGUGGGGGGGGCUGGACUAUAUUUUUUGGGGGGAAAUGAACAAAUUCCUAUGCCCCACAAAUAACCCAGAGAUGCAUUUUAAAUAAAAGCACACAUUCUACUCAUAUAAAAACAUCAGGCAGGCCCCACAAAUAACCCAGAGAUGCAUUUUAAAUAAAAGGGUACAAUCUACUCAUGUAAAAACACGCUGAUUCCCAGACUGUCUGCGAGCCAGAUUUAGAAGGCGAUUGGCUGGAUCCGGCCCCUGGGCCUUAGUUUGUCUACCCAUGCUCUGGAGCAAAUAUUGGGUACAUGCAAGGGGCUGCAGAGUAGGGGAGAGGAUGGUGAUUUCUGCUUACACAGUGUUGAAUUCUGCCCAGCAUCUUUCAAUGAACAAAGCUUAGUUGGUGAGUCUUCGUAUGUUUUCAAUUUUAUUGUGCUCUUCUAAGUGCAUUUUCAAGAGCACUAUGAAACUGACAACUUACCAAAACUGGUGAAACUUAAAUUACAGAUGUUUUUAUUCCUGUUGGGUCACAGCCAGAUAUAGUGAUUAUAAUUUUUUGGGGGGGGGACGACACGUGGGGUUCUGUAUAUUUGUAAUAAUGGUGAUAAAUUAUUAUAUAUAAAUGUUAAAUAAACACACCUGGACACUUCUUUUUUUCUUUUUAAAGGGAUGGAGAAAGAAAAAGCAUGAGCACUGAAAGGUAUGUGCUCAAUUGGCUUUUAGAACCUUUGUAUUGAUUUCACUGUUUUGUUGUUUGCCAUGCCAAGCUCCUUUUGGGAGGAAGAGCAGGAUUAAAAACCCACUAGGGUAUAUAGAACUAACAUGCUUGCCACACAAAAUGUGGAGCUGCUUCUGCUUGAGGAAAAAUAAUUUUCAGUUUAUUUGGCGAUAAAAAUGUGAUUCUAGCAUAAACAAGUCUUUUUCAAUUAGGGAAUCUGAGAACUGUACUGAAAGCUUUCUUUUUUUGAAGAUUAGUAAUGCCACAUAAUAUGCUCAUUACUGUUCCAAGAAAACUUAUUGAGCUGGUUUCCCUCUAUUUUAUUGAAACAGUAACGAGCAUUUGGUUUGCAGUUCUAAUCUGGUAGAAAGAACAGUCUUCCAGAAGAAUGCCUAGGUCUCCAAUAGACAAAUGCUCAAUUAUGUUAGAAUCACAUUUUAAUAAUAAUAAAAAACUCUCAGAAGUUUAGUUUUCCUUAAGCUGUUCAAGCAUUUAUAAAACAAGAUUCAUAAGGCCUUAUGAGAAUAAUUGUGCAAAAUCUCUUAAGAUUAAAAAAAAAAUCAAGAGAAAAUUACCCUAAUGGGUUGGAUCCAGGCCAAUGGAGUUGUACUUGGGUCCCACUGAAAUCAUUGUAAACUGUUAAGUCAUUAUUAACUUGAUUCCCACUAAUUUCAGAGGAGACUGAGAGCAACCUAGGGUUGUGUUCAGUGCUGCAGAAGCAAUGUUCUGUUCAUACAACAACACGCCCCUUCCUUUCCUUUCCCUGCACAGUGCCAACAUCUGCUCCAGAGGGUCCUCCAACCCUUUGGAGCAGAUUUUGUGGGUGCAGGGGAGAAAAAGUGGGGAAGUUCCACUGCAAAAAACAGAAGUCUCUUGCAUGAGCAGUAUGGAGGUCCUGGAUGCAACCCGUAGUCAGGAUCCAACCCAACAUCAUUUCAGACACUCCAUUCAUUCUUAAGCCUUUAUUAUUCAGUAGUAUACUGAAAGUAUACUGCAGCUUAGCUUAAACCUUAAUAUUUUUACUACAUGGAUCAGUAAAAAAAGAUCAAGUUUCUCUAUGCUAUUUGAGGAUAGACUAUUACUAGUCAUUGCUAUGAUUAUGAUUACUUUUCUUUUGGCACACAGGACAUUUAAUGAAAUAAGUGCUGCAGAACAAUAUAGCUUGUGUCAAGAACUUUGCAGUGACCUUGCUCAGGAUUUGAAAAAGGAAGGACUUAAAGUGGGUAAAUUUCUAUAAAAUGUCAGCACUCAGAUCUUCUGCAUCCCUUGUUACAGUAUUUACAUGGGAUGUAUUUUUGUUUUAGCUUUUUCUGGUAAUAUGAAUUAUUUAUGCAAUAAUUUGUUUAGCCUAAAGUAAUUUUGUGUCUCUUAAAAUCAAUUCACCAAGUAAUUUUGCAUAGAACAGAUAUUGUAGUAAAAGCUGUUAAUUAGCAGAAGAAGGAACAGUAAUGGAUUGCCUGUGGUUUUGCUCUGGCCAAGCAUAUAAUGUUCAAACAUUUGAAGGGUAUACCAUUAUUCCUCCUCAUCUAGUUCAUAAUAGAUGCCGCCCAAGGCAAACAUUGUCGUUGAAGAGACUGGUAUACUGUAUGAACUUCAGUUACCCUGCCUAAUCUUGACAUUUAUGGCACCACAAGGAGAAACAUUCAGAGGCGUCUAGUAAAAGUGAAUUGUCGUAGUGGUACUAUAUUCUUAAAGGAAUGAAAACCCUACUUGAGCCCACUAGGAAUUGAGCCUACUCCUGUUUGUACAGCCCUUCCUAGCUUCUAUUCCUUGGUCAUAUUAGAAUGUGACAAAUAGAGGAAUGCAGAUAGUUCUUUUUAUUUCUAUGACUGAACAAAAUUAAGACAGUUGAAUGAUCAGUUGCUUGGCAGCCCCAGAUAAGAUGAAAAAGAACAUGAAAUAUCUGUGAAAAGUUAAUUAUGUAUAAUUGUGAAAAGUUCACGGCAACGGCUUUAUUGCCUUAUUGUUAAGCUAGAUCUAUAAUCUCAGGGUAUAUCCAUUUCAGAAAAAAAGUCUUAAAAUCCUGUUGGUUUUAAUAGGCUAGAACUGUAACUUUAAAGUUGAAGAAUGUAAACUUUGAAGUAAAAACAAGAGCUACUACAGUAAUGUCUGCAGUUUCUACUGAAGAAGAAAUAUUUGCUGUUGCUAAAGACUUGCUUCGGUCAGAAAUGGAGGCUGUGGCCCCACAACCUUUGCGUCUGCGACUGAUGGGUAAGUAUCACUUUAAUUUUUUUACUGAUGGUUAGAAUUCUAUGUGCAACACAGGUAUUGGAUGGAAAAGGCUGCGCUGCACCCCUCUUCUUAAUGUUGUUGUUGGAAAACAUCAAGUAUCAAUAUUGUAGUAAAAUGAAUUGUUAGAACGUUUUCUUAAAAUAUAUAACAUUGUAUAUUUUCUUAAAAUAUACAUCAGCUUCCUUUCAAACAACAUUGGCAACAGAUUUACUUGGUUUUCUAAAAAGGAGAAGUGUGGUGCUACAGUGGGUAUGAAUUGAAUCUACCAAUGUAUGCAAGGGGAUUUUUAUGCAGAAUUUGAUUUCCCUGAACCUCAGCUUUCACUUAAAAAAAAUAGAAAGUAUACCAUCAUGUUUAAGGAGAUGCCACUGAAAACCUUCAGGCAGUGUCAGAAAAAGGCUACAGAAUUCAAGAGAUGAGGAAAUUGUAUAGGUUCAUGUCUAUUGUUCAUGGCCUUUGUUAUAAUACUUUUCUUCUUCCUUUUACCAUGUAACUUGUUCUGCUGUUACUUGCCAAAAUUUCCCAAUAACACAUAAAUGCAAAUACUAGAUUUCCAAAUAAGGCAUGCUAACUUACCAGACUCUAUUAAUUUUUGCUGCAUAAGACUUUCCUAAUUGUGGGCACCAGGAACACUUUGACUUUUAAUCUUUCUUUCAUAAAUACUGAUUAAUAUUUAAAAAUCAAAGAUCCCAAGAGAACCUUCUUACUUGAUAAGAAAUGUUCCUUUGGCAUCAUACAUGUUGAAGUGCAGCAAUGUUUCAAAAACUCUAAAAUCCAUGAUUUUGAAUAGCAUGUAGAUUUUAGGCUUUCAUGGUGAGAGUUAUUAAAAUGAUCUAUUUGCAAUAGUUUUUCCCCCAAUUUAUAUAGCAGAUCAAGACUGUAAUUCUGGUCCAAACUGCAUAUACAGUGGUACCUUGGUUUAAGAACAGCUUAGUUUAUUAACAACUUGGAUUAAGAACGCUGCAAACCCGGAAGUAGGUAUUUUGGUUUGUGAACUUUGCCUUGGAAGCAGAACAUGUUCCACUUCCUGUUGACUGUGUUCCAUUUGUAAAUUGAGUCCUCCGCUGCUAUGGGAAAGCACACCUUGGUUUAAGAACACUUUGGUUUAAGAACGAACUUCCAGAACGGAUUAAGUUUGUAAACCGAGGUACCACUGUACUUAAGUUCUAUGCAUUUUGAUGAGAUUUUAAACUCUGUUGCCAUUAAACUAUAUGCUGUAUAUUUAUCAUAUUCAGGUAUACGGGUAUCAGGUUUUCUAAAUGAAGAAGAAAAGAAAUAUCAACAAAAGAGCAUUGUUAAUUUCCUAGAGCCUGGAAAACAUAUCAGUACUACCGGGCUCUUUCCUAGGAAAUCGGAAGAGGAAAUUUUUCCAAAUGCUUCUGAGAAGGAGAGUUUUUUCAAUAAAAAGCGAGCUACAAGACAGCAAACUAAUCAAGCAGCUUCUUUAAACAUGUCUCCAAACAAGCAGAACCUACAAGAUAUGAAGUCAUUAGUGAAGUCAGUUGAACCAGCAGAGAAUAAUGGUGCACAUCAGAUCUUCAUUUGUCCUGUUUGCUUUGAAGAACAUCAAGAUAGCACGUUAGAGGCAUUUAACAGGCAUAUUGACAGGUGUCUUAGUGGAACGUUGGAAGAAGAUAUUACAGAUAACAGCAAAUCAUGGGAGAAUACAACUGAGUUGUCUGUAAACAUGGAAAAGGAAGAAUGUCAGAAAGAUAAAACAAGUAAGCCACAGAUUGAAGUACAGCCAGCAGAGAUAGUUGAUAAUGCUACAAACAGAAGCACAGACAUUUUUCCUAAGCUGCAAGAUGAUGAACACAGUAGGGAGAGUGAGUGUAGCCUUUCUAGUAACUUUGGAUUUGAUACAUGUGCAAAACAGGAUUUUCCCUCUAAUGUCUUAUCUGUGGAAAAAGAAGAAUAUUUUGAAGAGUCCAGUUCUUCGGAAAUUAAGUUGCCAUGUUUUCCUGAUGCUACUGAAAACAAGGUUUUAGUUUGCCCAGUCUGCAAUUUAGAACAAAAAACAACAGACCUUGCUCUGUUUAACAGGCAUGUGGAUGUUUGUUUGAACAAAGGAAUUAUCAAGCAGUUGACAGAAGAGUCAAAAAGCCUCGGUGAGUAUUCUGUUUAUCACUCAUUUUUUUAAAAUGCAAAAUAUAUUUUGAACACAUUAGUACCAUAAAUAUGGUGCAGCAAACUAAUUCACAUAGGUGUUUGCAAAGGAGUUGGCCAUGUCCUGUUUUAUGAAGAAAUAGGCUUAUUUUUCUUCAGAAAAAACAAAAGCUGCUUCAUGAACUCUGAUGAACUUAGGAUAUAUAAAGAUAUAAAAUAAAUUAUGCCAGGUUAUUGAUUUGCCCAUGUUCUCUGGAAGUUAUAUGAUACAUCAAUCCUACCUUGGGUGAGGACCACCUAGAAUAGGAAGUUUGCUUCCCAUUCAUUAUGAAUAACCCUUAACUACCUAGUAUGGUAGUUCCCCUCCCCAAACCGGGGUUCCCACUUAUCAUACAAACCUCCUGCAGAAUCUAUUAUUGUUUUCAAUUAAAACAUUGUGAAUGUUCCUCAUUUUUCUUCAGGAAUCUUGGACAGAGGACAGAAUAGUACAAAUUCCACAGUAGGAAAAAAACGGUAAGCUCUGUGUAAACAUUUCUUAAAGUAUUUAGAACAGGGGUGGGGACCCUUUUUGAUGCCACUGACCAAAUCCUUAUCAGGUUUGGCUUCACAGACCAAAUUUAACAGGUGAGCUGAGAUGUUCACCUGCCAAUCGCAUUACAUCUCUAUGGUGUCACAAUCUUGACUGGUGGGUUGUCAAAAACUCUUGCACAACUUUGCAAGUCUCCCCACUCUCUCCCUUUAAACACCUGAACUCAGAGGUUUAAAGCAGGAGCAUGGCGAGACUUUAAUUAAUUUAAUGGUAUGUAUUUAAUGGUAUGUGUUUUUCUUUCAUUUCAGGUCUGGAACACUGGUUCCCCAGUCGACAUCUAAAAAAGCCAAGUCAAAUAAUUCUAAGUGUACUAUAGAAAGUUUUUUCAAAUGAAUACUAUUUAUUUUAAGGAAAUUUUCAUCACUGUUAAAGCACAAUACUUUACAUAUGAAGUACAUUGCUCAGGAUUAUGCAGGCUUAAAUUUGUGUAAAAAUUUUUAUAGAAACUUUUACACUAUUCAGAUCACUAUUUUAUUAUCAACUAUUUGCCUUACAAUAACACUUCAUAUUCUGACUUCUUUAAAAGUCAUUUUCAUAGCUCUUUGAUAAAAAAGAAAAAAUGAAGGAUUGUACCUUGGAUAUGGGGCAACUACUAUGCCUCAUUUGAAUGAGAAGAAAAAGAUUUUUUAAACUUGUUUAUGGUUAUCAAUAUCCAAGAGCCCUUGGACAGACCUAAACUGUACUGUUGGAACAUUUUCUGUUCUGUGCCUUUGUAGAAACUGUUUUCAGCGCAAUUGUCCAAAAGGCUCUGCCUUCCCGAAUUAAUGAUUAAGAAGGCAAUGCACUUAGUGAAGUCAACUAGACUAAUUCAGUAAGACUAGAGCAGUGUAACAGAUUCACUGUAAUAAAAACAGGGUAGGAAGUUGUAUAAUCAAAUAAAUCCAGCCUGUGUGUCUAAUUCUCCAAUAAUUGAUCUCAUAUAGAUAUGAUAAACGAUAUUUAGCUCUUAAGUGAAGGAAUUUUACCAAUCAAAUAUUAAAGAUUAUGAAGAGAAAUGUUAAUUUCAUUUGUUUACAUUUUCCAAACAUUGUAAAUGGUAUAUAUAUUUGUGUUUAUAUAAAUUAUCAAAUGUUUUAAAAUAAUUUUAUACAUAGUAUAUUCACAAUGAAAUAUAUCUUCCAAAAUAAAUCUAAUAUAGAAUAUAUUUUCC